ACAAACCAGCAUUUCCUACACUAGUUUAUUUCCUUCCACCCCUACCUUUAAAAUAACAUUUCUGGUAGGUCCAAGGGUCGGGGGUCCUCAAGGCCCUGCCGGUGUUCCCAAAAUACAAAAUCCCGUAAACACUCAAAAUACCCACUAUUCCUACUUAACACUUUCUAAAACGUACUGCAUUGCCUCCAACUGUUUUGUUUCUUAAAAAAAGGAAAAAAAUAUAGAAAAUGGAGAGAUGACUUGGAGAGUUUGAAAACGCAGUCUUUUAUAACUCUACGACGAAGGGCUCGGCCGCACCACUCCCCACGCUCCAACUGCAGAUCCCAGGCGGCACCGCUCCGACCGCGCGCUCCUGAGUCUGCCACAGCCAAUGGGAGGCGGCCCGUUAUCUGCGCCUAGUCAAUGGAAGGCGGUCCGUUCUCUCGCCCGGCCAAUGGAGGCGGUCAGUUGUCUCGCCCGGCCAAUUGGAGGAGGUCCGUUGUCUCCCCACCCCACCCCCGGCAAUGGAGGCGGUCCCUUGUCUGCGCGCGGCCAAUGAGAGGCGGUGCUCAAUUACUGGCCUCGGUCGAUUACUGCCAGUAGUCCGCGGCCGGUCUAGAGCCGGCUCUUCCGCCCGGAGAGCGCGGGUGUGCUGUGGUCUGAGGGAUCCUGUCCUGUCAGCUGGAACUCCCCUCCGGUUUCUGAGAAAAGCAACGGGUUUACCCCUCCGGAUGGACGCGAUCCUGAAUUACCGGGCAGACGACAGUGAGGAUUACUACGCGCUGCUGGGCUGCGACGAACGCUCCUCGGUUGAACAAAUCCUGGCAGAAUUUAGGAUCAGAGCUCUGGAAUGUCACCCUGACAAGCAUCCUGAAGACCCCAACGCUGCGGGGAAAGACACCGUGAGCAAGCGGGGAACGCAGGGGGCUCAGCAGUAUGAAGAAACGGGAAGUGGAGCCAGGGAGGUGAAGGAGGGCGGCCUAUGGCAUGGGCAGCCUGCUUACCAGCGUGGUCCGAGGAGGCCCCACUGCAAAGGAGGUGCCUGCGGAGACCUGUGCAGGAGGACAGCCACGCGCACCUGGUGUAAGAGCUUUCCCAGAGGGACGGUGCUUGUGCUUUUGGAGCCAUGGCCUACUCCCUGCUCACAAAGGUUUAGUCCUACUUUCCAGAAGCUGCAGCGGGCCAAGGAGGUGCUGAGCGGCGCGGAGAGCCGGGCGCGCUACGACCUGUGGAGGAGCAGCCAGGUGGCCAUGCCAUUCCGGCAGUGGGAGGCGCUGGCCGGCGUGCGAGCGUCAAUGCACUGGGCUGUCAGAGGUAAGAAGGACCUGAUGCUGGAAGAAGCUGGUCAGACCCAGACCAAGGAGAUUAGAAAUGAGGGCUGCAGCGAGCGAGAAGAAACAAGGGAAGAGGAGCUGGGUUCAGCCACGGAGAGAAUGGAGCCGAGAGAGUCUGCGUCCGUCGAGAAGUCAGUCCUCCCGCAGAACCCGGAUUCUCCAGGUUUUUCAGAUGUGAACUCCUGGCGCUUUCGUUUCCGCUGGUCUGGGGAUGCCCCCUCCGAACUCCUGAGGAAGUUCAGGAACUAUGAAAUAUAACGCGCCCUGCUCUGUGAGCGGAAGGGCAAGGCUGCUGCCUGCGCUGCCGAGUGUCCUCCGGCUGUCCUGUUCCCGGCUGUCCUGUUCCCGAUAUGCUCAGGACUCGCGGGGUCCUGUGUCUUUGAACCCAUUCUCACAGUGUGGCUGCUUUCAGUAUUGCUUUUGGUGCUGGGCGUUGAACCCAGGGCCUGUGCACUUCUACCCCAGCCCCACAAUGUGUGUGUAUGUUUUUAAGUGUGAAAAUUUCUAGAAGACUGCUUUCUUUCAAUAUUGAAUAAAUUAAAGUUCUUACAUCCAAGUAGGUUGUAUUAUAUGUGUCUUCUGCUAUGCUAUUUAUAGAAACCUAUUUAAAAAUUAGUCUGUAUUUGAAUAUUUUAUUGAUAUAUCAUGAUCUCUGUUUGUUAAUACUGGACGUAUAAAUCAUGUUUUGUGACUCUGUAAUUAGGUGAAAUUACUUGUCUAAACUCCAUGGAGUGAAAUAAAUAAUUUUCCCAAAGUU